AAAUGUAAAUUUUUUAAUUAUUUUGUUCAGGCUUGGUUCGUUAUCACGUUAUCACGUUAUCGGGUUAUGUGGUUAUAUGAACAAUAACAAAAUACACUGAAUGAAAAUAACCAACUUUGACCAACCCAAACCCUUGUUUACAGAUUAUGUGAUGAACUGCUUAUAUGUCAUUGUUGGAAAAUACUACAAAUUUACUAGAUGGCAGCACAAAAAAACGACCUGGCAUCAUCAAAUUAAGAAUUUUAUGUAGGUAGCUCUGGUAUUAACAGCUGUUUUUUGUUUACAAGUUCACAACCAAAAUGAGUGGAACGUCAAAUGAAGUUCGGAAACGCAAAAGAGAAAACGAAGUAAAAAAAUGGACAGAGGAUGAAAUAAAAAAGGUAUUGAGCUAUAUGCUGUGGCACAGAAAUAUCGAGAAACCAACCGCCCAACUGCAUGACAAAAAAUUGUUGGAAGAAAACAAAAUCGAUGCGACUUGGAAUAUGCUAAAAUGCAAGGUUCGCCACCUAAAAGGCACCUUGCAAAACGUCGAUGGAUGGAGCAACUCUACCGGCGCUGGACUGGGGGAUGACGAAAAUUUAACUACCAUUAGAGAAAAAGUGCUUAAAAAAUGUCCACAUUUGGACCAACUUUUCGACAUUUUUUCGACAUCGAAGGAAAUUGAAGUUGUUGUAAUGGACACGUCUACCGAUGUUUUCGAUUGCAGUAUACUCGAUGCGACUGAUUUAGAGGACGAGAGCUUUCCGGCAAGUGAUGAACUGAGCACCUCAUCUGCAGCUACCACGUUUGCAUCUAAAGUUAAGCGUAGAGAAAUUUUCGAGAAAAGCAGGUACAAUUGAAAAUCGGAAAAUUUGAAUGGACGAAAGUGGUUGAGAAGCAAAAAUUAGAAAUGGAGAGGCGAAAGCUUGAAAAUGAUUUCGAGAUUAAAAACCUAGAAUUAGAGCAAAAUGAAAGAUUAAAAUGGUAUGAAAUUGAAAUGAAUUAAAAAAAUAAAUAAAACCAUUUUGUUAAAGCAAUAACACAAAAGUGGUCUUCUCACUCGAGCUUGGUACUCGGUGGCUCGGAGUUGGGUAAUUUUUCCCCAUGUAAUUCGUUUGGAUAUUACAUUUUACACAAACCAAAUACAUAGGAAAAAAUUAACGAACACCCAGUUACCGAGUGCCAAGAUCGGUGUGAAGACUCCUAAUGUGUAAAAAUAUGUACCUAUUUUCAAACAAGUACAAAACAUAUAUAUAAU